AUGUCCGAAACAAAUCUUCCACCGCCACCGUUCUCUCCUAUCAUUACUCUAGGUGCUUCGUCUAUUAUUGACGCUCCGAUUGAGAAGGUGUGGGACGUACUGGUAGACUUCCCUUCAUAUGGUGAAUGGAACGAUAUGGUCCACGCGCAAACAAUCGUGGACGAACAUAAGAAGCCUCUCGACAGUCAAAUACUCCAAGAAGGACGUCACCUUUUGAUGGAAGUUCACAUACCCCCAACGUCGGACAGGAGCCAUAAACCUACUUCCCAUGCGUUUGAACUUAUUACAAACGUCGACCAUGCUGCCCAUCGUGUCUGCUGGGUGAGUACGUACCCGCGGUGGUUCAUUGAAGCCGUGCGAUGGCAGACCCUCAGCCCCGUAGAUGGGGAGGAAGGAAAGACGAAAUAUGAAUCCAGGGAGGUGUUCAGAGGUAUUGGCUCUUGGAUUCUCCGGUGGUUCCUGGCCGGGGGAUUGCAGCAGGGCUUUGAUGCCUGUGCUCAGGGCCUGAAGAGGCGGGCGGAGCAGGUACAUCAGACAUGA